UAUAAAUGAGUUAAGAAGAGUUUUUUGGGGCUAAAUAAGAGGAAAUGAAUUAAUAAUUUGAAGAAGGGGAAUAAAGAAAGAAGAAUAAAAAAAGAGUAAUUACAAAUCCCAAUUAAUUAACAGGACAUUGGAGUGAAUAAGAACAUAAUACAUAUAUAGAUUUUUUAAAUUUGCAUAGAACAGUGAUGGAAUCAUAAGAUUAAAAGAAAACUAGUAAGAUUUUCAAAGUGAUGAGUGAAACGAUAGGAACUCGAAGUCCUUCUUAAUGCCGGUGAGAUUGGUUUUUUCUCUAUCUUCUAGGUCACAUCACCAGAAGUUUAAUCCUUUUGUCCAUUAAGUUAAGAAGAGAUAGAAGGGUAGUGGUAGAAAAAGAAAGGAGAAUGCAAACUAAGAUAAAAUAGAAAAGUGUUCAGAGAAUGGAUUUUUGUAAUAGUUUAUGUUUGGACCACAAUUCUAUUAAUAACCUUAAGGUUUUUAAGAUUAUUAAUUUUAAUUUCCUUAAAUACCAUAUAUAUAAUAUCCAAUGAUAGAUCAUAUAAAUAAAAAUGAGGAUAAAUCAAAUUUAUAAGAUUAAUAAUAGUUAUGCUAUCAAUAAUACUUAUUGGCAUAAUAAUAAUAAAUGUAAUAAUAAAUGGAUGAGAAAAACUUGUUUUGUUAUUUAAUGCAUCCAUAACAAGUUCCUUUUAAUAUGAAUUAUUAUCCAUAAUAGAUAAUAUCUGAAGAUCUAAAUGUAAAAGAUAAUCAAUUUGAUGAAUAAUGA